AUGGGAAACAGAACUUCAAAACAAGAAAAGCACCAAAAUUUUUGGGACAAUACCAAGAAGUCCAUCCGAGCUGGUGUCGACGAAGAGAUUACCAAGCGAAUGAUGAUGCAACGCGAGAUCCAAAUUGCGGUCAAUGUUGCCAAAGCAAGAGACACCCUCCAUGUCUUCGGGUCAUUAUGGCUGACACUUACUGCUGGGGUAACCAUCGCUCAAUUGGCAAAGAAGCCAGUGCCCAAGAUUCUAUUCGCUCCGGUUAUCAUUGGAGGUAUUGCCCUGGGGAACAUUGCUGACUUGGCAUAUGGCAACAAACUGGCGCGCGUCAACAAGGAAGCAGCCUAUAUAUUGGAACAGGAGCGAUACCGCUUGGUUCCAUUCAAGCAAGCACCCUUCGCUCGGUUCUAUUCUGACGAAGAGCGCGCAACGUUUUACGAUAAAGCAACAGCCGUUGGUGAUUUGGCACCGUUUAGCUUGAUCUCCAGGUCAUUUGGACCCAAGAAAGAUUAA